AUGGCCACAAUCAGUCGAUGCUGGUUUGAGGCAACUACCCAACGUAUGGUUGACUUUGAACUGGUUGAGGACAUGAUAGCUACUUUUCAUACAUUCUCUCCUGAAUUCUUGGCUGCUGUGAUCCAGUUGACAGACCAAAAUGGCAGCACCUCUCUUCAUUAUGCCGUCGGUCAUGGAGCAUGGCCUCUCGUUAGUGUUAUUUUGGACACUGGUUACGCACCUGUUAAUCACCUCAACCUGGCUGGCUUCUCACCUAUCAUGAUAGCUACAAUCAGCCACAGAAAAUGA